UGCGGGAAAGAUUUCAGUAUGUCAUACACUUUGGUCGCAUCAACAGCACUAGUUUAAUAAUUGUCAACACAAAAUCGUGCGCUGAUAAGAGUUCCGACAGGCACACAACGUGCAAGUGGAAGUUGUAAGCGACAGCAUAUUCACAAUAAGUAUAAGUAUCACGCCAUAUUAUUAUGCAAUAACAAACAAAAAAGAAUGGGAAUAAUAUACGUAUAAUCUAGAACAGGAACUAUAUAUUAAUGAUACUAUAUAGAAAUUUUACCAUUAUUUUUAAAUAAAAUUUGUACUAUGUUAAAUUCGAUAUAUUAAAUUAUUCGAUAUUAUAACAACUGGAAGUAACAUCUCUUAAUACAUUAUCACUGAUAUCAAGAUUAAAUUAUCAUUUUGAUAAGUUAUAGAAAGAAAGGAGUUUCUUUUAGAAAAUUUAAAAAAGGAAAUCGAAAUGCAAUGCGAAUGGAAUCAAUUGGCUGUUCGCAAGUACCCGCCAAAGAUACUUCAAACCAAACUGCAGUUACCGAUAAAAACUUUAACGAGCCCCGGGCCGACUAAUUGUUCGAAGCGAGUUCUUCAAUCUCUUCAGAAUCAAAUUAUAGGCCAUCUUCAUCCGGAAAUUUGUCAGUUGAUGGAUGAGAUUAAGGAAGGUCUACAAUACGUAUUUCAAACUAAUAAUAGACUCACUUUGGCGUUAAGUGCAUCAGGUCAUGGCGGUAUGGAGGCGUGCUUAACAAAUUUACUUGAACCUGGAGAAACUGUGCUCAUUGUCAAGCAUGGAAUUUGGGGUAAAAGAGCGGCUGACAUGGCUACUCGAAUUGGUGCAAAUGUAAAACUGAUAGAAAAAGAACACACUACUGCUGUUACAUUGAAACAAUUGGAAACAGCUUUGCAAGCGUACAAUCCAGUAGCGGUAUUCAUGGUACAAGCUGAAUCCUCCACUGGUUUAAAACAACCAUUAGAAGGGUUUGGUGAUCUUGUUCACAGAUACAAUGCUCUUCUUAUCGUUGAUACUGUUGCGUCACUGUGCGGAGAACCGUUCUUUAUGGAUUCUUGGGGCAUCGAUGCAGUUUACUCAGGCAGUCAAAAAGUUCUCGGCGCCCCUCCAGGAUUAGCACCUAUCUCGUUUAGUCCACGAGCUGAGAAGAAAUUGUUUCAACGGAAGACCAAGCCUAUGUCCUAUUACUUGGACAUGACCCUCCUCGGAAAUUAUUGGAAGUGUUUUGGGAACGAGAAUCGCCUGUAUCAUCACACCAUAAGCGCUACGCUUAUUUAUGGUCUUCGCGAAGCGUUGGCGGAAAUCGCUGACGAGGGCCUGCAAGCAUCUUGGAUCAGACACGCUGGCGCAGCUGCCAGAUUAAGGAAGGGUCUUGAAUUACGGCGUCUUCGAUCUUAUGUGAAAAUUCCACAGUAUCAAUUAUCUACGGUUAUCUCGAUAGAACUGCCACCUGGCGUCGAUGAUAGGAUCAUUGUACAGCGUUGCAUGCAAAAGUACAAAGUGGAAAUCAGCAGAGGUUUAGGACCGACUGAAGGGAAAAUUUUGCGAAUUGGAUUGCUAGGGAUUAAUGCUACGCCUAACAAGGUCGACCUUAUUUUACGUGCUCUAGAUGAUGCUUUGAGAUACGUGUCACUAUCGAAGCUAUAGAACAUAAUAAAGAAAAGUUACUAUUACGUCUCCUUGGAUUGUGAAUCCAUCAUGCUCGAUUAUUGUGUAUAAUAACUACUAGUAUAUUAUACAUCUUAAAUCUAUAUUAUAUUCUCCGUAUCAAACAUAACGCAAGUUUUAACUAACUUACUCAACUUACUUAAUUACUUGCAAUUUUUGUAUAUUAUACUGGAAAUUAUUUUUAAUGUAACAAGGAUUUAUUAAAAAUGCACAGACAAAGCUAA